AUGUCAUCUGGUAAUCAGACCAGUCUUUGCAGCGAAGCUGAGAAAGAUCUGGGCGUGCCUGUCCUCGAGGGUUGGCCGCUUGGUUCUACCGUGUUUGCAUUGUGCCUGGCUCUGCUUCUUGCAACUCUCGACACUACCAUUAUUUCGACUUCGCUUAUCACAAUCGCUUCUGACUUGGGCCACUUUGACCAAUCAAGCUGGAUCCUGGUGUCGUAUCUACUGACGUACUCUGGGUUUCUCCUCAUAUUCACCCGCCUGAGUGAUGUUCUGGGUAGGAAGCCUAUGUUGUUGUUCUCCAUCCUGAUGUUUCUCGUCUGGUCCAUCGGUUGUGGCUUCUCGCAAACACUCGAGCAGCUUAUCGUCUUUCGUGCUUUGCAGGGUAUAGGUGGUGCUGGUAUCUAUGCACUUGCCUACGCGUCCGUCUUGGACGUCGUGCCAUUUAGACUUGUCAGUGCAGCUUCGGGAGCCAUCUCGAUGAGCACUGCUUGCGCAAGUCUUCUAGGGCCUGUUCUUGGCGGUGUCAUCACGUCGAACACCACGUGGAGGUGGGUCUUCUGGAUCAACAUCCCUUGCGGAGUGCUGGUGACAAUCUGUGUCGCUUUUGUAUUUCCGAAUAGGACUGGAACAAGAACCCUUGGAAGAGCAACCCUACAGAAGAUCGAUUGGCCCGGUAUACUUCUCUCGCUCACUGGGUCAUCUCUCUUGGUCAUCUCUCUUGAACAAGGAGGCGUGCAGUUCUCGUGGCGAAGUUUGUUUAUCAUUCUGAUGUUGGUCGGCUCAUCUCUUUGCUUCAUAGGCUUCGGUGCAUGGGAAUAUGUCUUGACUCCCAGAGAAGCAAAAAUGAAGAUGAUGCCUCUCUUUCCGACCAGACUAGUCUCAAGCAGAGUUGUUGCAGCGACUCUUGGGACCGUCUUCUUCACUGGCUUUCCCUUUGUAGUGACCAUAAUGGCACUUCCUCAACGCUUUCAGAUUGUUAAUGGGGACACACCAGAAAAUGCCGGUCUACAUAUGCUUCCACUCAUUGGCGCAACCGCACUGGGUGCAAUGCUGACAGGAACCAUUACCGGCAAGUUCAAUAUCGCUUGGCACUUGUUGGUAUUCUCGAACAUCCUCAUGACCAUUGGUUGUGGACUCAUGUCAACCUUACCCAUAGAUAUGCAGAUUGCCAAGAUCUGCUACUUCUAUCAGGUCGUUUUGGGGUUUGGCUUCGGGCUCACUAUGGCCAGCUCCAUGGUUGUCAUUCGUACCGAAGUAGCUCUGAAAGACAACACGGUUUCUCUAGGCGCUGUCACACAGAUGCGGCAACUUGGUGGUGUCAUCGGGCUUGCUGUCACCCAGGCUAUCCUAAACGGUAAUUUCAGGUCUCAGUUGGCCAACUUUCUGUCCGCUGAAGAGCUAAAAGCAGUGAUGUUGUCGACGGCAAACAUCGAGACACUAGGUACUGCGCACAAAGACCUGACGUGCCGUGCGUAUGGAAGGUCCGCCAAUGCUCAGAUGCGUGUGGUCACGGCAUUCGCAGGUGCUGCCAUUCUAACGAGCAUUUUUGCAUGGCAGAAAGCUCCACGGGAUCGCAAAGCUCUCGAGGCGGAGCGUGUUGCACUGCAGACAGGCUCCCCUACCUCAGUCGAGCUGUACAGUACCUGUGUGGCAUCCAUUGGCUCUUUACGGUCAAGGAGUGUCAACACAACUCCAAAUUCGUCAAGGCCAUCUUUAGUCCAGCGUCCAAGCUCGGCCGAAGUGUCCGUUUGUCCAGCCGAGUUUAGCCCACCACCCUACCUGACCGUCCCGGAGCUUGACGGCGGUCUCUCUUGGGCACUUCAUUUCUCUGAUUGGUAG